GUCCGAGAGUAGCGCUCUACGUAACAACAGUAACACCCAACUAUCCCACGAAAAAAAAGUCUCGGACAGAGAAGAAGAACCCAAAGAAACACUGAAAACUGAAGUCAAUUACUUCCGGAAUGGCCACCAGAUCUCUCUACCGGACAGCUGCUUCGAGGCGUUUGCUGGCAGUCUCACCUCGGUUCUACUCCGCCUCUCAGGGCCCUCGCGACGGCUCCAAUAACAGCAACGCCGCCGAUAAAGAAACACAUUUUGGCUUCCAAACUGUGAAAGAAUCGCUAAAGGCUAGCAAAGUCCACGAUGUCUUCUCCUCAGUCGCCGCCUCCUACGACACUAUGAACGACGUCAUGUCCUUCGGAGUCCACCGUCUCUGGAAGGACCACUUCGUCCGCUCGCUCGACCCCGGCCGCAAGCCCGGUGGUCAAUCACUCAAAAUUCUCGAUGUAGCCGGCGGAACAGGCGACAUCGCCUUCCGCAUGCUCGACAACGCGGCCAAGGUCCACCACGAUUUCGAGACGUCGGUAGUAGUCGCCGACAUCAACGGGGACAUGUUGCGGGAGGGCGAGAAGCGCGCCUUGGCCGCCGGAUACCUCCCAUCCAACCGCAUCUCGUUCAAGGUCGAGGACGCAGAGACGCUCAGCACCAUUCCGAGCAAUUCGGUCGAUCUGUACACCAUCUCCUUUGGUAUCCGGAAUGUCACUCGCAUCCAGGAGGCAUUGAAGAGUGCCCACAGGGUGCUUAAGCCUGGUGGUGUAUUUGCGUGCAUGGAGUUCUCGAAGGUGUCGCCGGCGCCGUUGGAGGCCAUUUACCAGCAGUACUCGUUUAGUGUUAUUCCGUUGAUGGGACAGCUUGUUGCUGGAGAUCGGGACAGCUACCAGUACCUGGUUGAGUCCAUCAAGCGGUUCCCUUCGCAACAGGAGUUUGCCCAGAUGAUCAGGGAUGCUGGGUUCCUGACGGCAGGACGGGGCUACGAUGAGUUGACUUUUGGUGUGGCAAGCAUCUGGAAGGGCAUCAAGCCGUUGGAGGCGAAGAAUUGAUUUGAUGACUGGCUGUAUGUGGGAUGAUCAACGGGGAAUAUCAUUUGUACUAUAGAGCAUGGGAUAUGCGUGGCGCAUCUUCUGGGUUUCUUGCUUCUUGUUCGGAUUAAAAGUCGGUAGAUG